GAUCACGGUACGUUUACUUCUAUGGUGAACAUGCGAUGUAAAUGUAGAUUAAAAUAACAGGAAUACGACAAAUCAAACUAUUUCUUAAUUGUUAUGAGUCAGUGAUUUAAAUUAUUUCUAGAAUAGCUUGUCAUUACAAGCUUUUAAAAUUAAAAAGAAAAUACCCUAAUUAUUAUUUUGAAGUUAGAUCAUGUUUCUUUCACUUUUAGUUUCACGGCUGCCUAUUCAAACACGCACUCUUUUGCAAUAUGUACCAUGCCGGUACAAAUACCCUGAUUGGAAGAUGGUCCGAGAUGCAAAAAGGCGAAAGAUGGUGAAAGAAUAUGCUCAGCUGAGACUCAACAUUAAUUCUUUACGAAAAAAUGAUAUAUUGCCAGUUCAACUGCGAGAAAUUGCAGAUGCUGAAAUUGCUGCUCUUCCAAAGGAUAGUUCCAUCACACGAGUGAACAAUAGAUGUGCUAUUACUUCUCGUCCUCGUGGGAAUCUUCGAAGGUGGAGACUUUCUCGCAUCAUGUGGCGACACCUUGCAGAUUACAAUUACCUUUCAGGGGUUCAAAGAGCCAUGUGGUAGAUAAAGCACAAUACCCAUGUCUUCAUUGAGAACAAGUUGAGAAUGAUUGUCACAUAUGGAAAAAAGCCAUUUAUAGAAUUUGGAAGAAUUAUAAAUUAAUCACAUUGAACCUUUUCAUUACCAUUCAUUUAGUAAUUUGAGUAGAAUGUUUUCCUGUCUGGAUAAUUGUUAUUCUGUAUUGAAUAGCUCUCUUACAAGCUAUCCAGUACUCAUAGUUUAAUUUAUAAAUUAUAGUUUGUUUUUUAUCUAUUCACAUAAUAAAACAACUCGAUGAGAAGCAUCUGUCAAAAUGUUUAUAUCAGUACUUCAGUCUAUAUGUAAAUGGGAAAACAAUAAUAAAGUGAGAUCCAACCUAAUAA